UCCCUGAUGGAUGCGCAGAACUUGCGAAUCGAGGAGCUCUUGCAGAAGAUCAAGCAGCAGCAGUACAAGCUGGACAAGCAGAAUCUGCAGAUUAAAAGCCUGCAGAGCAAGGUCAAUCUACUGAUCCCCUUGCACCUGAAGGACAACAAAACACAGUCUCCAAAGUGGAAGAUGAACCUGAAGAAGAGCCUCAGCCUCACCAACCAGAGCCAGAAUGCUAGCGGGGAGCCCAUGCUGACACAGAAGCUCCCGGAGGAUUGCCACCAGCUCUUCCUGGCCGGGCAGCAAAGCAGCGGUGUUUUCCAGGUGCAGCCUGCAGGGUCUCAGCCCUUCAAAGUCUACUGCGACAUGACCACAGAAGGUGGCUGGACAGUGAUCCAGAGGCGCACAGACGGCUCUGUGGACUUUGACCAGCUUUGGGAUGCCUACAAGAAUGGCUUUGGAGACCUUCAUGGUGACUUCUGGCUGGGCCUGGAGAAGAUACAUCACCUUGUCCAAGAGGGAAGAUAUGAUCUCCUGAUUGAACUGGAAGACUGGGAGGGAAAUUCCCAAGUGGUUCAGUUUGUCUUCAGCCUUGGUGGCGAGAGCACAGCCUACACACUCAACCUGCUGGGACCUCUGUCUGGAGAGCUGGAAAAUGCCAUUGGGGACUUCAGGCAGCUGCCCUUCUCCACUCGGGAUCGUGACCACGACCUCAAAGCUGACACAAACUGUGCCAAACACCUCUCGGGUGGCUGGUGGUUCAGCACCUGUGGCCAUGCCAACCUCAAUGGGAAGUACUUCCGCUCCAUCCCCCGCCAGAGGCACGAGCGCAAGCAGGGCAUCUUCUGGAAGACAUGGAAAGGCAGGUAUUACCCGCUGAAGUCAACCACUAUGAAAAUCCAACCCGCAGCACUGGAAGCAGAGCCCUAAAGCUGCCACUUGAGACUUGACCUCUGCGGAGCACAGACCUGAGCUCCAUCACUUGGUGUUUACAGAAAACAAACCCACCCUCCCCAGGAAGUCCCCCAAGGAGCAUUUCUCUUGGUUAGCAGCCCUUUAGUGGCAUGACACAGCUCCUAGCUAUAAAUAAAACAGCU